GCCACAUUAUCCACAUCUUGUGGCCAUGGAAUUUCAUUUUCUUUCACUUGUAUUUCCAUUGUCAAUCCCCUGAGGAUACGGAUUUAGUUGUUCAUCACCAAAUUUUCUUCUAUGGCUUCAACUACGGCAGCAUCAAAUCCUCGGGUCUUUUCCACCCUUUCGUCUCUGAAUCAUCGACGAAAGUCUUUGGCAUCAUUAACUCACCCUCAAAUUGCAUCAAGGAGAAUUUUCUCCUCAUUUUCACUAUCAACCUCUCAAAAGACACUUGGAAGAAACCCAAGGAAAAUUGUAUGUGAAGCGACCGAAGCUUCAGUGGCCAAUGAAUCAUCUCCCUCUUCCGGAGGUGGUAGUGGUAGGAGUUGGGUCCCGGUGGUUCCUUUAGCAGCAUUACCCAAAGGAGAAAGAAGAGUGAUUAUUCAAGAUGAUGAAGUUAUUCUUCUUUUAUGGUAUAAAGAUCAAAUUUUUGCAAUCGAAAAUCGGUCUCCUGCUGAAGGUGCUUAUAGUGAAGGCUUGUUAAAUGCCAAGCUUACUCAGGAUGGUUGUAUAGUUUGUCCAAGUACAGAUAGUACAUUUGAUCUCAAAACAGGAGAUGUGAAGGAUUGGUAUCCAAAGAAUCCUGUUCUUCGAGCUCUAACGCCUGUUUUGAGGAAACUCUACAUUUAUCCGGUUAAAACCGAAGAUGACAACAUUUGCAUUAGCAUGAGUGGGAACCUAGACUCUGGUGUUUCUGCUGAGAUUGUUUACAGCGGUAGAGCUCAACCUGGUUUCACUGCGACUAAUGUCAACGUCGACGAGGUGAGAAUGGUAGUUGAUGAAGGUCAAUUGGGGUUCGGUUUUUCGAGGAAGAAUGAACUGAUAAAUGGGAAAGCAGCUAUAAUUGGAUUUCUUUUGGUAUUAGAUUUUGAGCUUCUAACUGGUAAAGGUCUUCUGAAAGGAACAGGUUUCUUAGACUUUCUUUAUGCUGCUUUGAAUUAAGCAACUCAACAUCCACUUGUUUCUGAUUGAGAGUGUUUCAAGUGUGGCGCACUGGUGCUGAAACUUCUUUCACAGCAAACUCGGCACUGGUAAUUCUAUAUUUCGAGCACAUAUCAAUGUUUUGUCUCAAUUUAUAAUUUCAGUUACUUUACGUUUUGUGGGUGUGUAGUGUAAAAAGAACAAAGUGAAAUUCUAUGCUCUGAUGUUUAUUUUUAUUUAAAAAGCUUAUAUAAAGUAUUAUCUUUGGUACUUUCGUUAGA